AUGGUAUUAAAGAGUUUGUUGAAGCGUAUAACACCAGAUGUGUGCGAGUUCCACGAAUCUUUGGACUGCAUUUUGACGUGGAUGGAAUCGCUGCACCCCUUGGUUGAGUCUGACUCUCAAGGGUCCAAGUUGUCAUUGGAUAUACACAAUGCAGUCACACAACUGAUGGUGGAUGGAGACUUGAGCGCCGAACUCAACGCCCGUCUUCUCACCAUCAUAGAAAGUUAUGGCAAACCUACUCAGGUGGCAAAGGCAUAUGACCACCUGGCUGAGAUAUGUGGAGAUAAUGUAGACUAUUUGUCUAAUGUAUGUGGGCUUGUGCCCGUAUGUGAAGAUAAAAUUGACGAUGAACGUUACCUAUUGGCGGUGGUAGUUUCCAGAUGCAUCUUGGUACAAGUGGAACCAAUAACCGUAAGCAAUCUCAUCGAUGUUCGUAAAGAAGUACCUAAUAAGUUCAACUGUGACUUGCGAAGCACGACAGAUCCACAACGCAAGGGAAAAAAUCGUUUUGAGAACCGCCAAAGAGACCCCCUGAUAACGGGCGUAUCAUUGGCGCACCGCAUACGUAACCCGGAGAUCUUCUUGCGAUCUGCCAUUUUCGAGAACAUAUCUGAGUUUGCAGGCAGGGAAUUGAUACACAGUAUUUUGCACAACAGUCGUGUGCUGGUACCUGACUACAUAUUCAAGUUCAGCCGUGACGUUGGAUGUUCCUUGCUGUUGGGCGAAAAUGCAACAUCCGAAGAGCUCAGAAUCAUACGUCGCUUCUUAAGGGGCGUCGUGAUAAGUAUGGAUUCUCUAGACCCACGCCCCGAUACUAGCGACUUGGGGUCAAGACCCUUUGUAUUUAUUCAAUUGUCUGGUAGCGUUAUGUAUAAUGACAAUUUCGGCGCAUCAAUGGCUCAAGGAACUUGGUCACAUAUAACGCUUUCUAGGGAUAUGAUGCUCUAUAAGGACUCGUUUAAUGCCAAAUUUGGAUUCGGACGCUCGAGUCUUCUGGAAGCAGUCACAGCGUUGUUUCCAAGAAGUGGCCGAGAUGGUCAUUCAGCCGAUUCUCGCAGCCACAAAGAUACUUUAAAACCGAAUUCAAGCACUAAAGAUUAUCAGAUUGGGAUUUCAUCUAACUCUGAGAAGAGCGGCCCAGCAUUUCAAGCGUCGAAUGCAGAUGAUCGGUUAUCAGAGCCAUUGGAAAACAGCACCGUGUAUCGUUCAGUAACGUGGAGACUGUUACAGUUUGUUUUGUUCGACAAAGGUUUCGUGCACGGCCAAUUGAAAGAAAGGUAUCACACGGCAAGGGUUUUCAUAGAUAACCUAACAACCGUUGCUCAUGGGACGGUCAAACGACGUAGGAGCCUAAUGAGUAGCAUUUAUCCACAUUUCAGGAAGUUGCUCCAUAAUGUAAGGCAUUUAGAUUUACGCAAAGAAUACUGGUCAUAUUUUAGUGACAAAACGAUUAGAGACUCUGAGAAAACAUCCGGAAUUGAUCACAGUCGCGUUGUUCGUUUUGUCCAUAAGGUUGUAGAGGCAGUUGUACCGCAAAGUCUCUUGGGCUGCGAAGAAAACUUCUCACGUUUCAAAGGCGUUUGUAGAAGUAUCGUGGUUUUGAAUAAAGGCGAAAAUUUGGAUAUGUCACAAGUCAUGCAGGGAUUUAAGGCCACUGGGUGCCCAUGGUGUGCUGACAGAAGCGCACGACUUAGCCAGCGUCAAGUGCGCACGAUUCUAGAAUACACAUGCAGACUUGUAUUCCUGAUAUUAGAACACAUGGUGAUACCAUUGCUGCAAAGGCAUUUUUACAUUACGGAAGCAGAUUUCUCGAUGUAUCGUUUGCUUUACUUUAGAAAGGUUGACUGGCAUCGCAUGGUUAUGCUAGCGAACGAAUCCUACACGUCCAACCCAGACUCUAUUAGGCAUAAAAUGGGUCAUCGUGAGGAACGCAUGGCAACGAUGCCUGCAGACAUAAAACACCCGAUAACUGCUUCAGAUCCAGAUGUUUCUAGGUUUGGUGCACUAGGAGGUUGUAUUAGAGUUCGUUGGAUACCUAAACUAUUCGGAAUGCGCCCCAUUAUGAAUUGCAAUAUUGCCAGCGUGACUCGGUUUGGUAAAUAUACCAACAGUUCCGUCAACAAUAUGAUGCGUAUGCCUUUCCAGGCACUUACAGCGCACAUACGUAUGAACCCACGUUUUUUGGGUAAUGGCAUAUUGGGUUAUACUGGUGCGUUCCGUUCGUUAAAGCAAUGGUGGGCACGGUUCAUGCGGAUGAUGCGCCACUCUACCCCCACCCGAAACGUUGUGACGUUGUAUGUUACAUUGGCGGACCUUUCCCGUUGUUACGAGCGCAUCCAACAUGGUUAUAUUUUGCGGUUGUUGAGUAGUAUGAAGAUGCAAGGCAAUUUACUCUUCAAGCACAUCUAUCGGCGCAACUUGAUUCAUGUGGCGUCAUUCCCCAAUUCAUACGGCAAACGUGUAACUUUUUUAUCCGAUGACUCUUCUUCCCUUUCUCCACCUCAAACGUCGUCUCUAUUGUCCCGUAGUUUCGGGCAAUUUUCCAUUUAUUCACGUUACGUGAACUCUGACAUCUCGCAACUUGUAUCUAAAUCGGAUAUAGUUGCAUCUGUAACAACGCUGUUGUCGCAUUUCAGCACCUCCCUUCCAAAAUCCAGCCCAAGUAGGCUGUUCCACAAGAAUGUGGGAAUUCCCCAGGGCUGUUGCAUAUCCCCUUUGCUUUGUAGUCUAUACCUAGCCCAGGGAGACAUGAACGCCGGUGUACGAAAAUUGCUAGGAACUAGCAGGGCAAAUUUGUUGUUGCGUUGGAUUGAUGAUUUUAUUUUCAUCUCUAAUGGAGAAGAAGACACGGUAGAGAUGUUGAAAAUUCUCAGAGACACGUCAGCUUUUGGAAUGGCGAUCAACGAUAAGUUGUUCACAAUGCGCUUGGAUCUCCCUGUUUCGAGAAAGAUGACCAAUAUAACAUCUAAUACGAGCAGUGCAACUGUCGAGGUUGUCGAUGAUUCCUGUAUAUCGUUUGAUAAGACCGUGGGCCGCAUUGGUCCCAGAGCAGAAAGCUGCGCCCGCCUUCCUGAUUCCGUUGACGCAAAUGGGGAGGCUCUAUUAUCAUGGAUAAAUUGUUCCUUUGACUUCGAUCUCGUGAGGGGACGUCUAAAUGCCACAUUGAUACCUUGGAAAAACGAUCUUUGCAGUAUAAGGGAUUCACUAAAGCUUUCAAAAAGACCUUUUACCACGCCAAUGUUUGCCUAUAUAGAGCAGCGUGUCUUGGGGUACAUUGCUAACCGUCUGAAACAUGGUUUGUUCACUAGCGUUGAGCUGAACACGCAGCGCUGCAUACUUCAGAAUUCUUACGUUGUUAUGCGCAUAGCUACGAUGAAGGCAUUUAGUUUCGUGUCCGCUCUAUUUGGGGAACUUCGCGGAUUCAUGAACCCGCAGUAUAUCGGCAAACUAGCACACAAGAUGGUGGAAUAUGCCCUUCAGUUGAUUUCAUUGGGGGGUCUGGAUAUCCGAAAUACUGGGGUACGUGAUUUACUACAACUAGCCGUAAUUAACACUUUCUCGUCAAGUUGGCACAGACGUCUGAGAAGCAGAUACAGCCGUAGGAACAUCGCAUUUUCACGUGCCAUUGAACGCUUGUUCAAGGGGAAAUGGCCCUCUUAUGUACAUGCUUCUCCACGUGGGCUGACACAGUCGAGCAGAUUCCCAUGCACCACAGAGAGCUGUUGA